AUGCGGUUUAGUUUUUACAGACGCCUGAUCCUGCUUCCGGUUUGCAUUUUAAUGGAUUCCCUAGAUUCUCCACUGAAUUUGGCUCAUCAACAAGGUAGGAAAGCAGACAAUCUUCUACAAAGCAAGAAAUAUGAAGAAGCCAUUGCUUGUCACCGCAGAGCUGCAGAGCACCUGCUACAGGCCCUGCAGCUCUCUCCUUCUCAAUAUGCACAAGAAUCCAUACACCUCCAACACAAGUUCCAUCUAAAACAACAAGAAGCCAUUCAGGUCAAAAUUGAAAAAAUCGAAAAGUUGAACAAUAAGCUAGCAAGCAAAGGGCCAGAACUCAGGAACCAGUCAACUCAGACAGAAGCUAAGCUACUGUUCAGCUCCAAUCAUUUUGUAAAUGACUCGCUAUCUCAGGAAUCCAAUGUCAGGGUCAUGCAGGCUCUUGCCGGGACUGACUCACUCGUUGGACAUCUGCUGCUGAAGAACAAACAUUCAAAUGACCAAGAUGUGGAAAAGGAAAACAAUGUAGGAUAUAACGCCUUUCAGGAAAAUGUCACCUUACCGGGCACUGACAAAGAUUAUGAGUUUGUGAUCAACCAAUUAAUGCAAGAAAACUUUGAACUGAAGAAGGAGGUUUCACAAUUACAUAAAGACUUGGAUAAUUCUAAAAAAGACAACAGAUAUCUGACUGAUAAGGUGUUUAGAUCAGAGAGAACAAAACGACAUUCAUAUCCUGAUGAAGUACAUGGAGGCUUGGCCAUUCCAGACAUGGAACUUCCACCCCUGGAAAUGCCUCAGUUUGAUUUUGAUUCCUUACAAGUGUCAACGAGUGACAACGACAGGGGAGAAAGUAUAUUUUCAACACAGUUUAAAUAAAACUAUCAUUGUUUAAAGUCAUUGUGAGCAUAUUUACUUAAAAAAAAAGAUUUUAAUGAAUAUUUUAGUUUGUUAUGAUUUUAUAGAAACACCAGAAUUUUUGUUCAUUCAAACAUACUGUUUAAGGACAAGAGCUAACUGUGAUGUCUCAAAUACUUUGUUAUUCUGUGGGAAAAGUGUUUAAUUAAAUGCAUUGUAGAAUAAAUUCUAUUUGCAAGAA